AUGAGUUUAGUUGAAGUAGCAAUACUUGAGCUGUCAAGGGCAUUCCAAACUGUUCUAAAAAAGUCGUGUGUUCUGGGUUCUAAAACGGAACUGCAGGAAUUGGAGAGAGAGAAACAGAGUGCGAAGUCGCCUAAUCGAAUUCCAUAUCUCCUCUCUAUAGCUCUCAUGCUAUGUGGAUGUGCUUUAGUAUUUUCACUCAUUGCUUUCAUGAAAGGACCUUCAUCACUCUUAGCAGCAAGUGCCAAGUCAGGCUUUACGGCUGCAUUCUCGUUGAUAUUUGUUUCUGAGAUUGGGGACAAGCAAAGUUCCUUAGCUGGACCUUCUGGAAAAGAAAUUGGAAACCGGAAUCCUCGAAAGCCCGUUGAAGAGAAAAAGAAUGACAAUAAUAGUGCUGCUCCUGCUUCAAAGGCACAAGUGGUGGGAUGGCCACCCAUUAGAUCUUUCCGUAAGAACACCCUAGCCACCAAUUUAUCUAAAAAUAAUGAUGAUGAGGGAAAAUCGGGAGUAGGCUCCCUUUAUGUGAAGGUUAGCAUGGAUGGUGCUCCAUAUUUGAGGAAGAUUGACCUUAAAACCUAUUGCAGCUACAAAGAGCUUUCUUCUGCUCUUGAGAAAAUGUUUAGUUGCUUUACUAUUGGGCAUUGUGCGUCUCAUGGACUUCCCGGGCAAGAGCAUCUUAGAGAGAAUUGCUUAAAGGAUCUUCUCCAUGGCUCUGAAUACGUUCUGACUUAUGAAGACAAGGAUGGUGACUGGAUGCUCGUUGGUGAUGUUCCAUGGGAGAUGUUCACUGAUUCUUGCAAGAGAUUAAGGAUCAUGAAAGGCUCAGAUGCAACCGGUCUAGCUCCGAGGCUAGGCAUGAAGUAUCAGAGCAAGGAAAUCAUGAAGCCCCGAAAGGUUUAGUAGAUGUUUAGUUUGUCUUAUUGGGAGUACUCGCUUCUGCGCAGAAAUAUAAGUCGGAAGCCCAAAGUUUUUGCUCGUAGUACAUGUUCUGAAUAUGUAAUUUUCUACUCGAAUUGAUGUGUAAAUGUAGUGCUUGUUUGAUUGCAAUUCUGUGUCUCAUGCUUGUUAAUUGCCAAAUUCCAUUUGGGCUGGUAAAAAUAAUUCAAACUCUUGUUUUACUAGGAUUGAGAGUUUUAAGGAAGUUUAGUUUAAGAUGAAA